UCUGGAGCACGAACAGGUGGUGCGGCAUCGGAGGAACACCGGGGGAAGAGAUAUAUCGGGAGAAGUAACAGAUCCAUGGAAGGACUUGCUCGAAGAGACCGAAGAAAUUGGAGUUCCUAAGGCACUCUUGCGACGCGAUAAACGUCCUCAGCGUACACGACAGCACGGUGUUAUUUUCUACGCUAUCCCAUCGCAUGUAAGAAAUAUCGGACAACUAACAUUACUUACCGGUGAUCAUGCUCAGCCCGAAGAUGCAAAGAACCGUGAGGGUGAACGAUUCUCAGCUCAUCAUGAUCUCUGAGAAGGCGCAGCACGAUCAUUCCAUGACUGGAUAUUUGCACAAGCGGACCGCCGACUUGGCAAAGUGGCAAUUACGAUGGUUCGUUUUAUAUCAGAAUUUGUUGUUUUACUACGAGAACGAGCACUGUUCGAGACCCAACGGCGUCAUUAUGUUGGAAGGAUGCUAUUGCGAUCGUCUGAUCACCGUCAAAGGCAAGGAGCCCGACAAACAGAAUUGUUUCGCGAUAUCCUAUAGGCGGGAAAAUCAAAGGCAAUACGAGCUGAAAGCAACCACGGAGUCCGACUGCACAACCUGGAUCGAUGCCAUACGAGAAGCCAGUUUCAACAAGUUGCUGCUGCAGAAGGAGAAGCUCGAGCAGAAACAUUUGCACCUGUUGCAGAUCAUCGAGAGCGAGAAGACGGAGAAAUCUCAAUAUGUACAGCAGUGCGAAGAUCUAGCGUCGGAAGUGAAGAAGCUUCGAACGGAAUUGUUCUCCGUGACGAAAAAGAGUAGACGCACGUCCGUAACGCACGUCACGAGAUGGGAGUUUCAGACGUCCACUGACAUUCAGACGUCAGAACUGAUUUCGCAAGAUAUGACCGAGAGAUCGUUGAAGAUCGAGCAAGUUAAAAAGGUACAAAGCUUCAUCCGGGGCUGGGUGUGCCGUAGACGUUGGAAACAAAUCGUCGAGGAGUACAUCAAAAGCCCUCACGCGGAAAGUAUGCGAAAGCGAAACAGUUUGGUGUUUAAAAUGGUGGAGGCUGAGGAGGAAUACGGGGAACAAAUGGAGAUUUUAGUGACUUGUUUCCUGAGGCCUUUCAAGAUGGCUGCGAGCUCGAAGAAACCACCUUGUAGCCACGAGGAUGUGAACAGUAUAUUCCUGAAUAGCGAAACGUUGUUGUUUCUCCAUCAAAUCUUCCUGAAGGGUCUCAUAUCUCGUAUGGAGAAUUGGCCCACGUUAGUUUUAGGCGAUUUGUUCGACAUGUUGCUACCAAUGUUGUCAAUUUAUCAAGAAUUUGUCCGCAAUCACCACUACAGUCUUCAAGUGUUGACCAGGUGCAAGCAGCUACCUUCGUUCGCAAAAUUGCUCACUAGAUUGGAGAACAAGCCUGCUUGCGGAGGACGUUCUCUGGAGACCUUUCUAACAUAUCCUAUGAAUCAGGUUCCAAGGUACAUUAUUACGCUGCACGAGAUUUUGGCGCAUACUCCAUUCGAGCACGUGGAACGUAUAAGCUUGCAAGAAGCGAGGCAACAGUUGGAAAAUUUGUCGAAGCAAAUGAACGACGAGGUCAGCGAAACCGAAAAUUUACGGAAAAAUUUGGCCGUGGAAAGGAUGAUCGUCGAGGGCUGUGACAUUUUACUGGACGUAAAUCAAGUUUUCGUCAGACAGGGUACGCUUAUCCAGAUCAUAGACAAGCCAAAAGGUGCACGAAGUAGAUUGAGCGCGACGUUCGGAGGCAAAAGUAGCAGCGAUAAAGAAGCAAUCAGACAGUGCUUCCUGUUUUCCAAACAUUUGUUAUUGACUACGCGCCAGUCGGACGACGACGGUCGUUUGAAUCUUAUCCCACAAAUCGGAAAAAUACCUCUUUGCAAUGCUGUGUUAGUGGAAGACCCCAACGAUCAGGGAACCGCGGAUGAUGACGAACUGUCAGUAUGUUCGAUGUCCAGCGGAAUCAGCGAGAGCAGCGGAAGUGGUAGCGGAAGUACGACUACUCAGCUGCAGAACCGUGAUUUUAAGAUACUAAUCGACCUGAAACCAGGCGAACCUAAAGCAACGGUCCUCCUUGUAGCUCCUACUAUACAGGAAAAGGCUGCCUGGAUCAGCGACAUCAGCCAAUGUAUGGAUAACGUACACGCCAACGAUUACUUGCACUGUGGCUCGUUGUCGGACACCAGUUCCGUCACAAUGCCACAGUCCAUGAAGAACGACCCGAAGCUGUUCAAGGACGACGUCGACAUUAAAUUCAGCGGCACAUUGAACUCUUGCAAGGUCCCGCACAUUCGAUCAGCCACGCCUGAACGUUUACUUCAACGUUUGACCGAUCUGCGAUUCCUCAGCAUCGACUUCCUCAACACGUUUCUACUGACGUAUCGAGUGUUCACCGACGGCGUCACGGUCCUCGAGGCCCUGAAGAACGUAUAUUACGAGGCUGAGCCACCGGAUGCUGAGACGUCCACCGGUUCACUCGAGUCUUUGGACGUGCUGGGUAGCAACGCGGCGGAGACUCAGUCGCAUAACGCGAGAUACAGCAGCUCGCCGCGAAGAAUAAGCGGUGCUAGUUCCGUUUCCGGUUACGGAUCCGAAAUAAGCGACUGCCGCGAUGUAAAAAGUUCCUGUGAUUUCACUGCAGGUGGAUAUACACUCAACCCAAAGGGUUACUGGCGAAUUGGAUCUAAAAAGACGGACGAGGAAAAGCAAUCACGCGUGGAAGCUCUGCCAAUAAUAAAACGCAGUCCGACUGUACAGUCGUCGAUCGCGUCUGUCGGGUCUCCAGCUACGCCACGGAAGAAUAGCGCUCAAGUGGAUUCGAACACCAAGGAAGGGGAUGACGGGUUUCAUCUGACUAUACCAAAAGUCAUCGCUGUCUCGUCGAGUUCUGAAACGCUUACGGAUACUACAGUAAUAAGUGCUCCCUCCUCUCCGAGCAACUUGAGCUCCCUCACGCUGGUAGGAUCGACAGAAUCUGGAUCAGGUUCAGGAUCUGAUCGAAGCCCUCAAGAUGGCGGCACUUAUUCCCGCGGAGUUUCCGAGGAGACUGUCACGCCUGUGGCAUCAGAAGCCUCGAAAGACGACGUUCAGUUUACCUACGACGAGUCGGAUCCUGAAACGCCGAAAUUAUCGAAGGAAGACAGCCCCCCGAAAAUGCCAUCAACGCCGCUGAAGAGGGUGCCUGAAACGACGGAAAGGGAAGCAGAAUUCAGCAAGCAAUGGAAAGAGAGGGAGAAGAAAGCCUCGGCUGAGGGCAGCGACGUUGCUGGGUCGACCGCGCUACCCCAAUCUCCGUUCAAAAACCAACAGAAACAACAAAUUUCGCAUUACGCCGAGCACAGAGCAUCGAUCGUUUCCGCCCCCGCGACCACCGCAAGGAGAAGUUCGUUUUCUGCCAUAACCGGAAAUUAUUGGGCCAGCAGACGGUCGAUCCACGAAACCGAAAUGUCAUCGAAGCAGGGGAACUUCCAGCACGACCAAGUUAUCAGCAAAGUCGGGGUAGUGAUAACCAGUUUUCGACAAAGUCAACGAAGCGUUGGACCUGAACCCAUCUGGAGCAGCACGUCGAAGGCUGCGACUGCGUUCGCGAUCGCGACGUCCGCGUCCAGCAAUCCUCCGGACAAAGAGAUCAAUGGGAACAAUCGCAUCGAUUCCUGCCGCGAUAGAACCAGACGGAAAGAGUCUGGCAUGUCCACCGCAGCCACGAUGCGAGUACUGAACGUCCUCAGGCAUUGGAUCUCGAAACACGGCCACGAUUUCGAGUCCGAUCAGAAACUGAAGAACCUGACGAUCGAGUUCCUGGAGGACAUUGUCUAUUGCCCCAAGUUGCUGCCAGCCGAGCACAAAGCUGCCGGUCAGCUGCUCAGGCUGAUCACCAAGGAAGAACCAGAGAUCAACAAAGUGGAUCUGAUGAAGCUGUUGGCCCCCCCAACGGUUCAAAGCAAAGAGAGCAUCGAGACACUGUCUGCGCUGGAAAUCGCGGAACAGAUGACGUAUUUGGAUCACAAGAUCUUCAUAUCGAUAUCUAGCGAAGAACUUCUUGGUCAAGCGUGGAUGAAAUCCGAUAAGGCGAGUCGUGCUCCUCAUAUAAUCCUGAUGACGAAAAGAUUCAACGAAGUCUCUCAGCUGGUUGUCUCCGAAAUCAUUCAACGUUCGAACCUGUUGGCGAGGGUCGCGGCGAUCGAGAAAUGGGCGACCGUAGCGGACAUCAGCAGAGUUCUGCACAAUUACAAUGGCGUGCUGCAAAUUUGCGCAGCCUUCACGAACAGCAGUGUCUUCAGGCUGAAAAAGACUUGGGAAAAGGUUUCGAAAACGACGAAACAGACUAUCGAGAGACUCCAAAACAUCGUUUCCUCGGACGGUCGGUUCAGAAACUUAAGAGAGGCGUUGCACCGUUGUGAUCCACCCUGUAUUCCUUAUUUAGGAUUGUACCUGACCGAUUUGUCUUUCAUUGAAGAGGGUACACCAACCAAGACCGAGGACGGCCUUUUGAAUUUUUCAAAAAUGCGAAUGCUUGCUCACGUGAUCCGUGAAAUACGGCAUUUCCAGCAAACGCCGUACAAGAUCGAACUGAUACCAAAAGUGACGAACUAUCUGCUGGAUCCUUCGUUGCUACUGAACGAGAAGGACCUGUAUCGCAUAUCGCUGGAGAUCGAGCCGAGGACGUCCAGGCUAAGUAAUUCGACCUUAAUUAAUCUGCCACCCUCCGUGAGCAACACGCCCACGAAAUGAAGACGAGCACCGGUGAAUUACACGUAAAUUAUCCCCAUUGUCCUCGAGCUAUUUUCUAGAGUAAGACACCCGGCCGCGAAGAGAUCCAUAUUGAAUGUUGAAUUAUAAAUCGUCGAUGCAACAAGUCGACGAGUCGAUGCUUUUCCAGUUAUUAACGCGAGAAUCGGGGAUUAAUGUUACGCUAAUGUUGUAAUCCAGAGCCUAACCUGCAAGUGUAUCCAGUUCCUCGAGUUUCUUUCAAUACGUAGAUGUCAGAUGUUAUCGCGAUUUUGCGUAGACGACGAAGAAUUGCGUUUUCGACCCCGUCCACUUCUGCA